AUGACCGGUUCAUGGCUCUGGGACUCAGCCAUUAUCUUAUCAAACUACAUUUCGAUUCGAGCUGAUCCUGAUUACAAUGGCGGGUUUGGCUUCUUCAACCUGCAUGGAAAGACCGUGGUCGAACUCGGUGCUGGAACGGGACUACCUGGGUUGACAGCGAGUCGACUCGGUGCUCGUCGAGUUGUCCUCACUGAUCUUCCCCCCCUCCUCCCUGGCCUACGGAAUAACGUGGAGGUCAAUGGGUUGGAUGAUGUCCGAGUUGAGGUGUGCGAGCUCGUGUGGGGGGCCGACGAGUUGCCGAGUCAACUCAAUGAGUUGCAACGUGGGGUAGACUUGGUGUUGAUGUCAGACGUGUUUUACGACUCGUCUUUGAUGGCGCCGCUGGCAAAGACGCUGAAGAUGGUGUGCCAUGGCGGGACGGUGAUAUGGUCGGCCAGCGAGGUGAGACAAUCAACGGAUGAGUGCCUAAACGAGUUGACGAGUCACGGGUUUGAGGUGACCGAGUUGGUGAGUCAACCCGGUGUAAGCACGUCGGAAACCGGUCACAACAACACAAAUGAAUUUGCUAUUUAUGUUAUAAGCCCUUCAAAUCCAAUACACUCCCCGUAG